GCAAAGGAAAAACACGACGCCCCUCCCUGAACCCUCUUUUGCUAUUUAUUUCAUUUCAACCAAUACAAUACAUCCCUUCGUCCUUCAAACACCAUCUUCUCUACAGACCGCUCUGCUGCUGCUGCUGCUCACUUCUGCUACCUUGGAGGCCGCUGAGACGAGUACAGCUAGAAUCAAAGAGCAUCAUCCCCCCCCUACAAAAAGGCAGCAUCGCUUGGGAUUUCCCGCCACUCCGGUGCACAGUCAUUUCUUAGCAUCCUCUACAGGACAACAAAUAGAACUGGUCUCGCAAGGCAUCUUGCUGAGAAGCGUGUUCACAACAAGCAGCCAGUGCGAUCAAUCUGUCCUGGUCCUUCAACCCGAGUUCGGUCCCUACCUCGACCUGACCUCAUCGAACAUCUUUCCGCCCAUCAGCUGAACCCGUAGCUUGGCGCGGCAUCUCUCCCCUUCUUUCCCUUCUCCCUUUUCAUUCAUCAACCUCGGAUCAUGAUCUCACUCAUCCUCGCUUCAUUCGCCCUGCUCAGCCCUCUGGCUAGCGCGCAAGGUCCCGACCUGUCAUCUGCCAACAACGUCACUUCCUUGGAGGGCGAAUGGAGUUCGAAUGCAGCCGUUGGUACAGGAGGAGACUUCUGCAUCCCAGCAGAGAUGAAGUUUACCUAUCCUAACAACACUGGUAUCGCCUACGCUUUCACCGACGAUGGAUUUUUCGAGGAAGCCAUGUACCGGUACAAAGGGAAUGCCUCAAAUCCAAAGUGCAUCACUGCGACAAUACAAUGGCAACAUGGUAGAUAUGGGUUGAACGACAACGGAUCUAUGACUCUCUAUCCGUUUGGCGCGGAUGGCCGAAUCCAGGUCCAGGAUCCGUGUGCUGCGGUGACCAAUAUCAUCACCUACAUCGACCAGCAGACCCUGUACGCGGAUUGGGGCAUUACCAUUGAUCAACAGACGAAGAACUACGUGUUGAAGCUCAACCGGUUCGAUGGCGCAAAGAUGCCACCGAUGUACCUCACAGCGAGACCACCCAACAUGCUCCCCACUCAGCCUCUGACAGGAGUAAACGCGAGUGGACAGCAGGUCACAACGCGAAAACGGUCGACCGUCACCAUCUCUGAUUUCCUCAAGCGUGGAUCUGCCCCUUCAAGACUAUCACUAGGAUCAGAUAAUGCCGUCAUGGGCGCCGCUGGUGUUGCCGUCGGUCUCAUGGCCAGCAUCAGCGUCUUGCUGUUGUAGGUCAUUUUUGUGAUGAUAGAGGGAGGCGGAGGUGGAAGGUCCUAUCCGAGGCAUGGGGAAAAUGGACUUCCAUGAGGUGGACCCAGAGGAUGGGGACUGGAGUGACAGUCAGAGCUCAAGGCGAUACUGAGGAUCAGGGACAGAUAGGUUCGCCCUCAGGAUUUAGACACGGCAGGCGGACGUUACGCGACAUUUGCCAUAGUAAUUGUAUCAGAGAGAACAAAUACUUUCACGGACACUGGUGUCACGUAAUACCCAUCAUGAUGCAUUGCGACGAUACGAUAUA